AUGGCCUACAGGGCGGACGAUGACUACGACUACCUGUUCAAGGUGGUACUGAUCGGUGACUCGGGCGUCGGCAAGUCGAAUCUCUUGUCGCGUUUUACACGCAACGAAUUCAGCCUCGAAUCCAAGUCCACCAUCGGCGUCGAGUUCGCUACCCGCAGUAUCCGCGUCGGCGACAAGGUCAUUAAAGCUCAGAUUUGGGACACUGCUGGCCAGGAGAGGUGCGUCUUCCGCGUUUGAUCUCUUUUGUCGGAUUAUAUUCUUAUUCUCGCGAUCCUUUGUACCUUGAUCUCCGUUGAUCCGGAACUUCUAUUGAUUAUUUUCCUUCUUGAAUUGAGGAUUUGGGGUGGUUACGAUUACGGUUUGAGUGGGUUGAGCGAAUGUCGUUCAGCUCUUAUGGUGGUCGGGUAUUGGGGUCGUUGCUGUUUAUCACCAUCGGGAACCCUAGAUUUGGAAUUCUCGAGAUUUUUUUUUGAAUAUAUCUAUGCAGGCGUCCAAUUUUACAGAUUCAUUUUUAGAAAAAUCUUUCCUACUUCCUUGUUUUGCUACUGAGAGACAUGACAUUCCUCGUUCGCGACACUCUGAUAACUUCGUCUUUAAUCUUCUUAAAUAAUUUUCCGCGGUUUGGCAUGUUAUCCUUGGAUCUUGAGUUGGCGGUAAGGCGAUACAACCUGCUCUCGUGUCUUAUGUAAUGGUCUGAUUACUGGAUCCAUUUUAAUGCAAGGUAGAGUAAUUCGGACUAAAUUUUCUUUCAUGAACUUUUUAUUUCAUUCUGAUAUGAUUUCACACCGAGAUGCAUCCAAUAUUCGGUUUGCUUUUGGAGCAAGCGAGUGCUGUUCAACUCGAUCAUAUAUUCUUAGAACACCAUAUCUAUCAAUUAAGAAGCUUUUCCUACAUCGUACUCAUUAAUCUCGAGUUAAAACUUUUGAAGGUUACCUUAUUGUACUUUGUUAGCUUUUCGUUUUCUGAUCAUCAUUGAAGGAUAAUCAAUUCCAAUUAGCAGAUUUCGUUGCACUGUGUAUUUGAUUAACUUCUAUAUGGAUAAUCUGUGAUUUUCCUCUAGCGUGCUGGAUUUUUGGGCGUUAACUCUUACAAAAAAAAGCCAACUUCAUUUCCAUUAUUAUCUAAAUUAUCUUUACCUCUCUCUUUGGUGGUGCAAAAAGGCUGAACUUUCUGCUUGUGUCUGCGUGAUUGAUUCUAAUUCAUUCGUUUGAAGUACGAAGCUUUAAACUCUAAAAAAAAUAGUGAAUAAAUGAUACUGCAAGCAGUGCUUUAUGAUCCUGGUUACUCCUAACAAUUUACAGCAUGUUAUUGGUUGACAAAACCGCGAGUUUCUUCCAUAUGAAUUGGUAGACAAACCUUGCAUCAGAAAUGUUUCCUUUUGUACUUAAGUGAUGUAUUAUUACUUGGCUACUCAUUGAAAUUCAUGCAAUCACUAUAGUAGGCAAAAUUGGCUGAGAAAAUCUGGUGUUACACCUAACAUAAAUAUCCAAGACAAAGGUUGAUGUAAGUUUCACGUGAUAUGCGUGUACCCUUGAGAUUGCUACACCCGUGUCCUCAGCUGAACGGCUACGUUGGUAGCGAUUGGGAGGUCUCCUUGCAUAGUUCUGAUGUGAGCUUUAAAAAAUUCUGAGGACCACUCGUCCACCCUUCAAGAACUGCCUUCCAGGCAUGUCCCUGAUAUGAAUGGUGCGGCGAAGUGGUACAGAUUGGGGAUUUCUCGUGCAUACUUCUGAUAUAACCUUAUAAAGUAAAAGAAAAUCUCAGGGCCAUACACUUUCUAAUCUCUUCUUUGAGUAUUCAGUAAACGUUCCCCGAGUGCUUUUAGUUUAAUUUACCUUACUUUUCUGUAUACAUAGCCACAUAUAAUGAAGCAGCUUUGAGAUGAUGAGGUAGCAAACGCUCACCAGUUGGACCAAUCCUGCAGUCCAUGCGCAGUUUUAUCUACGAACAUCGGUUGGUAUCCACGGCCGGUUUGUUGUCCCUCAUCCUGCUGAUUGAACUUAGUAAAUGUCUUGAUUCUUUCGUCAUGUUUUCUGAUGAUUAUGGGUUCGAUUUUGACCUAGAAAAGAAAACUUUAAUGAUCCAUUUCAUAGUGUAAGAAGCACCCGUUAAAUCUGGGUCGGAUGGGAUCUUCGGAAUCAUCUAAAAAUAUCCUUAUUUCUUUUGAUAUUUUGCGAUAAUAGGCUUCUUGCAGAUGCAUGUAUCUUCGCUCAAAUCUUUGUGAAUAACAAGUGAAUUUCACCCUAUCUAAUUCCUUGUUCUUGUAGAUAUCGCGCCAUCACGAGCGCCUACUACCGGGGAGCUGUGGGUGCCCUGCUCGUCUACGACGUGACCCGGCACGCCACAUUCGAGAGCGUGGGGCGGUGGCUGAAGGAGCUCAGGGACCACACCGACGCCAACAUCGUGAUCAUGCUCGUCGGCAACAAGGCGGACCUGCGGCACCUGAGGGCGGUGCCGGUGGAGGACUCGCAGGCCUUCGCCGAGAGGGAGGGCACCUUCUUCAUGGAGACCUCCGCCCUGGAGUCGAUGAACGUGGAGAAGGCGUUCACGGAGGUGCUCACCCAGAUCUACCGCGUGGUCAGCAAGAAGGCCCUCGAGAUCGGAGAUGACCCCUCGGCGGUGCCCAAGGGCCAGACCAUCAAUGUCAGCUCCAAGGACGACGUCUCCGACCUGAAGAAGAACAGCUGCUGCUCCUCGUCUUGA